AUGCAUUCAUUCUUCAAGUCGAGGAGCUUGAAGAACAAGCUCAGCCCGAAUCCGCCCCCCGCCGAUCGCAUCCCAGCCACCCACCCCGCCCCUGAUGAGCUCGGCCGUCCCUCUGCCCCUCCGCUGUUCACAAGCCAGUCCGCCUCCUCCUCCGACCAGCUCUCGCGCUCCGGCUCACAGACCUUCCCCCAACCCGACGCCGAGCUCCAGCUCAUCUACGGCUACAUCGGCCUGUUCACGGAAAUCGAACUCGACCUGCCCACGGCUGCCCGCGCCGCCAAUCUGGUCGCUCAGGAACUCAAAGCCAGGGCCCUCGAAACACCCCUGCUCUUCAGCACCCAUGCACUCGACAUCUCAACCGAAAGCACCCACUCCCUCAUCAGAGGCUUCGUGAACAACCAACGCGACUUCAACCAUGAUCUCACCAUGCACAGCCCUCACAACCUGGCGGCUCUUCUGAAAUGGAUCCUGUGUCGAUACGUGAACGGACGCGGCGGCCAUGGCUUCCUCCAAUGGGAACAAUAUGCCAGCUGGCGCGAGUCUGAGAAAGCCUUCGGCUAUCCUCCUAGAUUUCUCAGCACCCAUCUUGUAGCACACAUGUCGGCCCCUGCUGCCAGUCUGCUGACCUGUCUCCUUGAUCUUUUCGCCAGCGCAUCGGUCCGCGCGGAUUUGACCGGUAUGACGGUCCACAAAUGCGGAGCCCUGUUUGGUGCCUACAUUUUUGGACUCGAGGAUGACAAACCGUUCGAACAAACCUACAGCCAUUGGUUGCGCCAAGCACAUGCCACCGAGCACCUUAUCCUUGCACACAUGCGCGAUCUGAAGGCUCAAAGUCCCACAGGAAAGCUGCCUCUACGAAUGGAAAGCUCAAUACAGGGCUACCCAUCAAUCAUCCCCUCCUUGAUCAAGACCCAUCCCAGCGCUAGACUGGAGAGAGUGGCCCGAUUCCAGCGAUUGACCUCAUUCUACAACAAGAAUCUCAUAUACAGUGCUGGCACUUGGAACGUUGCCCGAAGCAGGACUUGGGACCGCCUCAAGCCUUACCCCGAAAUCGGCGCCGCUCAAUAUCUCAACCAUUCCAAAGCUGGCUUUUCCACAGAUCCAUCCAAACUUCUACUUUCUCCAUCCUACAAGCAUCUACUCAACAUCAAGGGCCAGCUGAAUCUCGACAACGAAGAAGACGAUUACGGCGCCAACUUUGAAGGCCCCCAGCGCUUCAAGACCCUCGUCGAGAAAGAAUGGUCAGGCUUCAUGAACCGGGGAUUCCAGGAACCAGACGCGAAGAAGCUGCAAUUCAACCUGGACGAGUCCUCAAACGCCAAAAUGAAGAUGAAACGCGAGACGAUGGAUUGGGACUCAUUCACUGGUGCUGGAUUUAUUGGCAGGGAGACUUAUCAACCUGCAGACCUCGAUUUCAAUACCAACAUCUCAAACACCCCUCCUCCUCGCAUCACCCCGCCUCUUCCCAAAAAAGGCAUUUCAAAGAAACUGAUCAAAAACAGCAGAAGUCCUUCCGUCUUCGCUUACGAUACUACCCCGAUCGAACUACCCUCGUUAUUCGUUGACGAGAACUUUUUCGAGGCAUGGGCCGACGUCUUAGUUAGUUCGGGCUGGUGCCAUGAUGAGCUCAAAGAAGUCAGCUGGGUCUUGAUUCACUGCAAAUGCAAGCCAGCCGACUACCAAGAGUUCGAGUUUCGGCCCACGCCGCUCAAUCCUGAUGGCCGCAACGACGACAUGUGGGCCUUGUUCGAGGAGGUUGUACCAGCAGAGUAUCAAGCAGCCCAAACCAGUGCUCAACUCAAGGUCGCCUGCCACAAAAACAACAGGCGCUCUUUCCUUCGUGCGAUCACUCGUAAGGAUAACAAACGGUCGGCCAAUGGAUCGAGCUCCGAGAAGGCGGCAACAAUCCAAGAAUCAUCUAUUAACUACUAUCCGCUUGCACCCCAGUCACAGGCACCCUCCAUGUCAGCUUCACUUUCGCAGUCCUCUUCAAACUAUCAAGUCGACUCGUCCUCCGAGUAUUCAUCCUCCCAAGCUGCAUCUACAGCCCCUCAGACUGGCCAUGCAGGUGUAGGCCUUUUUCGCUCGCUCUCGAAAAUGAUCCAAGGUGGCCACACCCCCGCUCCGGCUCGAGUCAUCCGACAUCCAGCUCAUCUUCACACGUUCAACACGAACGCGGACACAGUCGAUGAGCUCGAUCCGUCCCACUUCCAAAAGCCUACAGCCAAUCAACCCAAACCCUGGGUGAAUGUACCCGGCGAGCACAGUCCUGCUCGGUCGAUCAAUCGGCCAGUGUUGAGAUCAGUGGCCAGCUCCGACACGACUCGCGGCAUGGGCACCUCCCACCGUCUUCACGGAAGCAAGUCGCAGCCCUUCGAACGGCCGGCCAACCCGACGCCACCAGCCUCAGACCGACGGGCAAGCUCGUCGACAGUCUCGAGUCGAGACUUCGCGCCCAGCGCCGACCACGAAGGGCUGGUCCAUGACGGCAGCCAUUCCUCAGCCGUCUCGCGCUCGAUCGCUAGCAGCUCCGACUUCACCGUCGAGCUGGUCGAGCGGAUCCCCGAGGGAGCGGCCUCCCAUCUGCUGCGCCCGCCUUCGCUGAUCCCUAUCAAGAGCAUCAAUAACCCGGCCCUGUCGGCCCGCAAACCGCCCCCUAUCAUCCUCCCUAGUGACCCCAUGUACUCCGAAUCGCCAGCGUACCAUCCGUCUAACGGUCUGCUCACGCCCCGGGACGGAGCAUUCCAACCCAGUCAGACCCAUGCCCCGAUGUCUCUGUCACCCACCUCAGCUUACUCGCCCGCUCAUCCUGUAACGUCAUCCCCUGCCCUUGGCAAACUAAGUUACAACCACAUCAGCCCGCAGCAGAAGAAUCAGCACAGUGACCGGGUUCCAGAACAGGCACGCCUUGAGCAACAGAAGCUACUCCAACAGCAGCGGCAGCGACUAGAGCAGCUCCGGGAUCAGCCACAGGGUAUAAAACCGCAGCAGCAGCCGACAGGAGCCGAGAAAGAGCAGCAGCCUCUCAUCCAGGAGUCGCGCCCGACGCCGCCACCAGAGCCUUACCACCCGCAAGAACAGCUGCAUCUGGCGGAUCAGCCCGAGGAGAAAGCGCGCCAGCAGCCGCCACAGAAGCAGAAAGAAGGCCCCCCAAAACCGCCCGAGUCGCGCUUCGCACCCGCCUUCUUCAAGUCGGCCCUGCGCAAGGUCGAGCUGCACUCCUCGGUCUCCUCCGUCGGCUCCUUCGAGUCCCCCGGAAACAGGGACGAGGACUGGCAGCUCUCCCUCCGCAAGUCCGUCUCCCCGCUCAGCCCGAUCGUCAAUAACCAUCACUUCUCUACCGGGCCUAUCUUGCCCCCUCAGUUCGACAUCAAGGCCAAGAAAGUCUCGAAUAUUGUCGAUCUGUUCGAGAAAGCCCAGCCUGAUUCGCCCCCUAGGGAUGCCGACUCCUACUCGAUAUCCUCCUACUCCACCGGCGACCAUCGCGCUACCGCCUCGCCCAUCCGCAUCCCCGUCCGCUCCCUCAAGCUCUCCCGGGUCGGCGAACAGGAGGAGAAAUAG